AUGGACAGGGCCAGGUAUGAAAAAGGUGGAGACGCCGGCAGCAAGGGCGUAGGGUUCCAAGUCGACCUCCUGACGAUGUUUCUUCUGAACGCCCUGCAGAGAAUCAGCAACUGGAGACUCUCCACGGAAAACAAACGAGCGAGAAAGUUCGACGACGUGGUGUUGGAGUGGCCGGAGGGGGCAAUUUUGCUGCAGGCUAAACAUAAGACAAAGAAGAAGAUCACUAUGGAGGAAUUGCUUUCUACUAACUCGAAGAACGACGAUUUCAGUCUGCCCAAAUAUUUUCUCUCAUACCAAGAAAUCAAAAAUGAAUUUAAAGUGAAAAACGUGGUUAUCUGCACUAACGCGAGUGUCCACGACAGGGUCUUGGAAUUUUUGGACAGUCGAAGAAUCUCUUCUGAAAGCAUGUUAUAUUGUGAGGAUGACGAUUAUUCGUUUUAUACGUUUAAUAUGGAGAUUCUGCCUCGUUUAAAGGAAAACGUUGAAAUAUAUUUGGAGAAAAAUUAUCGAAACAGAAAUAUUGACCAAACGGUAAUCAAUGAGGAAAAUCUAAAGGAUUUUUUGAAAUGCUUGCAGGUUUAUGUCGAUUACCCAUCGGAGAACUGCUUGGAAAAAGUUAAAGGUAACGGAUUGGUUCCGACACAAAGACGGAAUAUAUUUAACUGAGGCUCGCGCAAAGGCGAUGUUUUC